AUGACACGAUUAGAAGAAAUUAGAGUAAAAAACCCAGAAACGAUAGCGGCUUGGGAACAUCGUCAUCCUUUUGUAGUUAGUUGUCAAAUAGUCAGAGGCAAUUUAGUAUCUCAAAUAGAGGAUGGUCGAGAAAUUAGAGUAUUAGGCAAGGAUAUUAAACCUGAACAAUUGAAAAAAUAUGAAUUGCAGAAUGAAGGUCGAUAUGUUUAUUUUCCGGAAAUAGACGAAAUAUUGCCUAGUCGCAAGAUUACUGAGGGAUUAUUUAAUUCUUGUUGCUGCGGUCGAGAAGAUUAA